UCUCGGCGUGCCGGGCGCGAAGCCUGCGACGCGCGAGCAGAGCGCAGCGCGCAAAGCCGAGUGGCGCAAGCUGGGCAGUGGCCCAGGCAGCCCGGAUCGCAGCCAGUGCCCUCACUCGAGCUCGCCAGCCCGUAGACGCCCGGACAAUGGCUGCCGAGGGACCCAGACCCCGCACCCGGCUCUGGACGGCGGCGCUGCUCCUACUCGGUUUGCGGCGCCUCUUGGUGCGGGCGGAUGGGAAGCUCUUUGUGCUGGAGUCUCAAAAUGGCUCUCAAGGCCUUGAACUGGAGGCGGCUCGGCUUUCCUGCAAGAGCAGAGGCGCUCACCUGGUGUCUGCAGAGGAGUUGCGGAGAGUGGUCCAGGAUUGUACCUUCCCAGUGUGCACCACGGGCUGGCUGGCGGAUGGCACCCUGGGGACAACCGUAUGUAGCAAGGGGAGUGGUGAACAGCAAAUCAUGAGAGCUGUCGAUGUGAGAAUUGAGAGCAACCCGGCUCCUGGUGGUACAUACAAUGCCCUUUGUAUUAAGGAUGAAGAGAGGCCGUGUGGAGACCCGCCUUCUUUCCCACACACCAUCCUGCAGGGACGCACUGGCGUAGAAAUGGGAGAUGAGCUUCUGUACGUUUGUGCCCCGGGCCACGUCACAGGUCACCGUGAAAGCGCCUUCACCUUGCUGUGUAACGGCUGUGGGGAGUGGUAUGGCCUGGUGCAGGCCUGCGGGAAAGAUGAAGCUGAGGCACAUGUUGACUAUGAAGACAAUUUCCCUGAUGACAGCUCCGUGUCAUUCCAAGAGCUCAUGGAGGAUUCCCGGACAGAGGCAGAAGACAGGGGUCAGGGAGAGGCUUCUGAGGAGGCUCCAAAACAGGACCGUCUGGUCUCCAUUUCUGUGGGGAGAGAAAACACAGGCCGGGACACAGCCUUUGUGCCAACUACAGGCUUGCCCAGUGCUGGGAGCAGUGUCCCCACAGACCUGCCAGGAUGGAUACUAAACCAGAAAUACUUGUUCUGGCUUCCUGCUGCGACCUUCCACAAGCUGGAGUUGGAAAAAGAGAUGGACGAUGACACCAAAAAGCAGUUUCCUGCUAGAGACAACCACAGUGGCCUAACAUUGGCUCCAGGUGAAAAUGAAACCAAGGUGAUCUAUAACAGCACUGAGGGUCCCUCGGGGCCAUCUGUGAGCCGGAAUGACAGCAAGGCAGGAGACCCAAUGGUGAGCAGCAGCGAUGAGUCCUGGUUAGAUGGCUACCCUGUGACCGAUGGGGCUUGGAGGAAGAUAGAGGCAGAAGAGGCAGAAGCGGAGGAAGAUGGGGACAAGGGGGAUGGGUCAGUAGGGCUGGAAGAAUGUGUUCUGUUUACUUCCCAUCAGCCCAUUCUCGUGGAAGUUAAGAAGCCCAGGAGUACCACCCACCCAUCAAGUGAGGACAUGACCCAUAGUUCCGUUCUUCCAUCUCAAACCUUAGAUGUAGAAGCGUUGGCUCUCAGACCCAAGGGUGUGUCUGAGACGGAGGGUCCCAGCAGGGGGGACGCUGACUUGACCAGGUAUCAGUCAACUGUUCCUUGGAGAUUUGCCACAGAGAAGUCUCCCUUGGCCACGCUACCCUACGGACUCCCCAGCUCUCCCCUGGAGACAGUAACAACUGCCGUCCCGAAGAUGCCUACCCACGUUCCCUCACCUACCCAGACUCCAAUGGAAACCACUGCUGCUGAGGUCCAGGAUAGCUUCCCAUACCUGCUGUCUGAGGACUUCUUGGGACAGGAAGGCCCUGCCCCAGGUGCAGCUGAGGAACUUCUCCCAACCUUGGAGCCAUGUGUAGGGGAUGAGUGUCCUGGCCUCAGCAGAGGCCCAAUUAUCGCUACCAUUGUCACCGUCUUGUGCCUGCUGCUGCUCCUGGCGGGCGUCGGGGCAGUAUGGGGCUACCGCAAGUGCCAGCACAAGAGCUCUGUGUACAAGCUGAAUGUUGGCCAGCGGCAGGCUCGGCACUAUCACCAGCAGAUUGAGAUGGAGAAGGUCUAGCCACCUCCAUCCAGAGUGGGCUCUCCCAAAGUCACUUGGGAGGAAAAGAAACUGUGACACAUCACAUUGAUAAACACUGAUAAUUCACUAGAGCAUGAAACAUGUGGGAUAGGGCACAUCUCUUUUUUCCCUCAGGUCUUUGUUGUAUAGGCUGAGAAGUAUCUCUGGAAGCACCUGGCAGGAGGCUUUGGUGGGAUCAUCACACACGUUAGUAUCUCCUCAACCAUCUGCCCUGGAAUGAAUUGCACUAAUCUCAGACCUGUGCUUGGGCCCUAAUUUCACCAUGAGGUCAACACUCACCUCUUGCUUCAUCAUACUAUUGUCUUCUUUUUCUUUUUUAAGAAAUAAAAGUAUUGAUUCCGUGACCUGAAAGUUUUUGAAAUAGGCGUAACAAAUGGAGCAUUUCAGAGCAGUGUUGUUUAGGAUACAGGUAUUUAAUUGUUGGGAGUGGGCUGUAGAAGAAUAAUGCAUCAUUUCCUUUUAAUGUUGUGAUGUUGCUGAGGGCAAAUGAGCUAAGAACCAGGACAUAGUCUAGAAGCUUUGACAUUUCUCUUCAAUGGUUUGUUAAAAUUGGAGAGAAUUUAAGAUUGACAUUUUUAUUGGGGACAGGGAGAGGUGAGGAGUAGCCAGGCACACAUUCACUUCUGUUCCCUUCAUUCUGUGGGACAGCCCAUCACUUUUUUAGAAACAAGGUGUACUUUGUGUGGGUAAGCAGCAUUUCCUCUCGGAAGCAUGGCCUACCUGUCCUUGACCAGUCUGUGCCUAGGAAUGUCUUAGAAUUUUUGCCAGGACCAACAGAACUGUCCUUGGUUUCCUCUCCCAGGAUGCACCAUUUCUCUGAGCUCCAGGAAGAGGGAAUGACACGGGAGGAAAACAAUGUUUUAAGAGGGUCAAGGACUGGGACGUCACGUGUGGGUACCUCGCUGAAGGAGAAGCACAGAAACUUAAAAAGGAAUAUGAUCCGAUCUGUGCUGAUCUAUUUCUUGUGGCAGCUGCGAGCUCUAAGGAGACAGGCUAGAAUGGACUCACCUGAUUGUGGAGCAACUCGCGUCAUACCUUCUAGACCAUCUUACGGUAGCUCAGCAAGUAAUGUUCGAGACAGUGGUCCUCGAAGCAUGGUCCUGGGGCCAGAGGCGUCAGCCUCACUUGGGAACUUACUAGAGUGGCAGAUUCUCUGGUGUCACCCGACUCACGACUCAUGAUGCAGAAACCCUAGGGGUGGGGCCCAGCUCUCGGUGCUCUUACUAGCCCUCCAGGUGGUCCUAAUGACUCAAGUGUGAGAACCAUUGGUUUAUGAUAACGUGAAUUGUUUUUUAUUUUUUUAUUUUCACAGUUUUAUUUUUGUAUACACAUUUGCUUAACAAUCACGGAAUUCCUAGGCCAGUUUCAGGCAACUGAAGAGCCUUGGUCAGUCGUUUAUAUUGUCUAGAACCAAGGUAUGCUGCAAACCCAGCCUGGAGCACAAUGGGAAAUAAUGUCUUUCUAAAGACAAGCUUAGAAAUUCUGAUCCAGUGGGUUAAGAGGUUUCCUUUGUCUGGUGGCAGGUCUGAGGCAUACCUGUAUUCAAUGGUAAACCGACAAAACCUCUGUAAGAUACAUUCUCUGUCAAAAAUGGGAUCACUGCCCUUGGGAAGCCUGCAGCUAUAUGAGCCUGCGUCAUAUUUCAGACGUGCCAAAAGAGACUCUUUGCUAUUAGGCCACAGACUGCAGUAUUAAGUCCAAUAUAUGUUGAUCCAUGUUCAAAUAGAUCCAUUUUUGCUUCUGGAACUUGGUUAAUUUUUCUGGUUAUGAUAUCAAAAGUUUUGUUUUCCUUGACAGUAUCACCUGGUUUAUGAUUUUCCAUCUU